AGGAGGGGAAGUCUAUAUAAACCCGGACACUUGUUAUUUCAAGGUUAGCACAAACUGGAUCCUUGUAUCUUGGUUUUACCAUUGAAAGGGAUUAUAUUCGCAUAGGAACACAAGUCAAUAAUCAUGUCUCACAGCUGGGGAUAUGGACCGUCUGAUGGACCUGAGAAGUGGUGUGAUGGCUUUCCCAUCGCUAAUGGACCCAGGCAGUCUCCUAUUGAUAUUAUUCCUGGUCAAACCUCCUACGAUUCUACCUUGAAGCCACUCAAACUGAAGUAUGACCCAUCCAACUCCACAGAAAUUCUGAACAAUGGCCAUUCCUUCCAAGUUGGCUUUGUGGAUGAUGUUGACAGUUCAACACUGACCGGAGGCCCCAUCACCGGCACAUACAGGCUGAAGCAGUUCCACUUCCACUGGGGCGCCAGUGACGACAGGGGCUCUGAGCACACCGUCAAUGGAAUCAAGUUCCCCUGUGAGCUCCAUCUGGUGCACUGGAACACCAAGUACCCUAGCUUUGGUGAGGCCGCUAGUGAACCCGAUGGACUCGCUGUGGUUGGAGUGUUUCUGAAGAUUGGUGCUGCAAACCCCAGACUGCAGAAGGUUCUCGAUGCUCUGGGGGCCAUCAAAUCAAAGGGAAAGCAAACUACAUUUUCCAACUUUGACGCCAAAACUCUGUUGCCUUCCUCACUGGACUACUGGACAUAUGAUGGCUCCCUGACCACUCCCCCUCUGCUGGAGAGUGUCACCUGGAUCGUCCUGAAGGAACCGAUCAGUGUCAGCCCUACCCAGAUGGGUAAAUUCCGCAGCUUAAUGUUCAGUGGUGAUGGAGAGGCACCUUGCUGCAUGCAGGACAACUACCGGCCCCCUCAGCCUCUCAAGGGACGCAAGGUCCGCCGGUCCUUCAAGUAAACAGCUAUGCAUCACGCCAUCCCCCAUCCCACCAUUGCCGGUCCCCAACCUUUCCCCUAGAUUAUAUAUAUAUUGUGUGCCAUUUUAUAUGCAUUGCUAUCAGAAUCUGCAGAUUGUUAACCCCAUAGACAAAACAAUCAGUAAUCAGAAAACAGAAAGGAAACCUAAACCUAAACCAAUGCAGUUUAAUAACAAGAGCCAGUGUAGAUGAGAUUAUUGCGCUGAUAUGGAUGGACAGCACUUUAUACGCCUGACCUGCCUGCCCUCCUGUAAUCCCUGACGAUAAACCUCAGGAUCACCCCAGAUUAACGUCAUUUAGCUGCCUGCCACUCUGCCUGCCACUCAGUCAGUCAGUCAGAGAUAGAGGCCUUUUAUAUUAUAAUACUACUGGGCUUCUACUCUCAAUAAGCACAAAGAGAGAUGGAAUCUUGAAUUACAUGCCUUCCAUUUUUGGAUUGUGUCUCUACAUCGUCAUCAGUGUUUUUACUUUAGAUUACAGGUCAAUACUGAAAAGAAGAGAUCCAAUUCAAGUGAUCAUUUUUUUUAACGACUCAUAACUUACUACCUACCUACUAUCACCCCAGUGCAUUAUCAUUGUGUCUUAAAAUCAUGAGAGUGAAAGAAGAUGUUGUGUGAGAUGUCAUAUCAUCCAAGUCCAUCCAUUGAAAUGAAAUCACUGACUGAAGGACUAGAGUAAUGUGUUUUUUUUAAAUUUUUUUUAUAAAUGUCAUAUUGAAAAAUUUAAUCUUGAAGUAUGUUUCAAAUGUUUUUGGAAGUACCUGGAAUGACCUUUAAGCCUUGCCUAUAAUUAUUGUUAAACCUUAAAAUGGGAAUGGAAGGUUUGUGUGAUUCGUUCAUGUCAAAUUUGAUGGAUGGGAAUUUGAUCAGUGAAAUAAAUGGUAUAACCGUA